ACAAUUUACAUCGUAUUUAUACAUACAAUUAUUUACAUCCUAUUAGAAAUCCGAUGUUGUUGUUUUGAAAUAAUGAAAUCAUCGGCGUAGUUAGAAGAUUACAAAUAGUGUUUCAUUACUACAGUGAAACUGUUGCCAAAUUGAAUAAUGACCAUGGAAACCAACUCAGUACGCAUAUAGGUUACCCACCAAGUGGAAGUAAACGACGGCAACUAGAGUUCAUUCAUUUUCAUUACGCAUUACGACUUCUCUGAAUCGGUGAGUCGCAAAGCAGUGAUGAUUCCUGGUGUCGAUAGUCAUUACUCAGAGCGAUAUCUUCUUCCAUAUCUGUUAUGCAGAGCCCGUGCCAAACAACAUCGCUGUAGUGUGGGACGACAUAUUUUGAAAUCGAAAUACUUUGACGAUAUAUACUGUGAGGUUGAGAGCCAAGAGAGAUGUUUACUGUACCUUUUCGACAUCAAGCAACAUCGAUACAAGAACAGAAGGAUAUUGUUCAACGAGCGGAUGGAUAGACCGACUGCGAGUGAUUUUGAUUUGAAGAAAUACUUCAAGGCGUAUCUACAGCUUCAAAAUCGAAUAGAUAAGCCGAUAAAGGAGCUGGUAGUUUGGUCAACAACGGAUUUGGACAGAAAGAAUUCUAGCUCGGGAGAUGAACAGUUUGAGUUCAGAAACGAGAGAAGUGUGAGCGAUUUGUUUGAACCAUUUGAAUUUGAUAUUCAUCGGCAUCGGAUUGAGUCUAACGUCACGAUUGAGAAAGAGCUAAUCAAAUCAAGUCAUCCACUGUAUGAUUUGGCCGUAACGAUAGCGCACUUGAUGUUGCAGAAAUCAGUUAUUAGCACGAAGACCGUACCCGAAAGAUUCUAUAUCUUAUUAUUGAAAGAUGUGUUCAAAGACGAAAGUCAUUUCAAGGAAGAAUUUAUACAACCUAGCAAGAAUCUCUGCUGCGAAGCAAAACAGUUUCACGAUCUAUUAAAAUUAGUUCUGAGUGAACAAUUUCGACGAAGAAACCUGAAGGAUUUUCAUCAAUUGUGGCAAAUUGAACAGAAUCCCUUUGCAGAGCUAGUUCAACUGAAAGUAUUAGAUAGUAGAUUGAGCCAAAGCGAUAUCAGCGAUGCUACGUGGAAUGUGGAUUAUAAUGUUAGCGAAGCGGACGUGCAGCAAUUCCUAUCGUUAUUGGUAUUUUACGGAAAUGUCCCAACGAAAAAACAAUUUGAAGAUGUGCUGCAACGGUACUGCGACAACGCAACUCAUAAUCUGAUCGAGAAAAUUUGUGAACGGGGUAUUCUGCUGCAAAGUAUUCAUCUAGAUCGUCUAAUCCAGUUGAUGAUCAAAGUAAAGUCUGAUCGCCUUAAAUCGUUAGAUAGUUUAAAGUACAAAGCCGACUCGAUGAUAAAUUUGGAAAAAGUGGUGUUAAUGUGUGAUUCGGAAAAUGUGUCUAAAAGGUUAAUUAUAAAGGCUGAUGGCAAUCUACAAGUUUCGGCGGAUAGAGUUGCAGCUAUUUUGGAAAAAUCAUCUGAAAAAUUUAUAUUUUUAGAUGAAAAUGAUUUGUCGAAAACAAAAUUAUCGACUUUGAUGAGUUUAUUCAAAACCUACCAUAUGGAUUGGUUGAUAGUCGUUAUUGUAAACAAAGAUUGCAGUGCUCUCGAAUAUAUCAAAGAUUUUGAUUGCCGCGUAAUAACAGUUGUAUCAGACGUCGACGGUUUUCAAAAUCAAGAAACGACAAUUUAUACAGAUACAUUAAAUUUCGAUUCCCUUUUGGACGAAACCAAAGAAAGAAUUUCGUCAACGACGGUGCAGCUACAAGGUCGUUAUAUCCAAUUGGGCACUCUACUAAGCGAACAAGCUUUGAGAACGAUUCCAAUGACAGUUCUGAGUGACUGGUCCAAGGACUGUUAUCAACAGAUAGUGAUAGGAGAGUCGAUUGAAACUUCUGAACUAGAGCCUAUCAUUUCACAAAAUCUGCAAACUAAAAACGACACCAGCCUAGACCCGUUUGAAACAGAUUUCGAUUCUCUAGCAAUUUUGUGUGGAUUACCAGGUAUGGGAAAAAGUACUUUGCUGAGACGGCUGGCCGUGAAUUUCAGUAAAACUUACGACGACCAUAUCGUGUUGCUGGUGUAUCUCAAGGAGUGCGUCGAUUGGAUCGAUUGCUCAUACGAUUUAAAAGCUCUUAUUCUUAGAUUGAUGGAUAUCAAUUCGGAUGAUAAUAUUAAGAUAUUCAUAAUACAACAAAUGAUAGAUGAUCGUCGAAUAAUUUUCCUAAUUGAUGGAUUUGACGAAAUUUGUUCCAGACAAGAAGAAAACGCGUUUUAUAUAAUUAAUUGGCUUGAACACGCCAACUUGCAGCUGGUAUUGAUCGCUACGCGGCCUCACAAAUUGGAAAUUUUGCAGCAACACCUCGAAAAUUCAACAGUUUAUCACUUUUCACCUUUUACAAAAGACAACCAGUUGCAAUUUUUGCAGAAACGAUUAAGCAACUUUUCUUCAAACGAAUCACGAAUAAAUGAACUCAUAAAAACGUUCAAGUCGCUGUUUAAUGAUGAAAGUUUUUUGGAUGUUCCUCUACACGUUCAAAUUGUUGCAUCGAUCUACGAGAACGAUUUAGUCCACCACCCGAUUCAACAGUGGAAUGCAGCAGAGCUGUUGCAGAGAUUUGUCGACAAAAUCUUUGAAGUUUUUGCAGAUAAGUUUUUUGAUCGUUUCAGCCAAGCACAUGAAAUUGUCUUACAAACGCUAAAAAAAAGCUUCGAGGCGGAUCAUUCAGAAUUAGCAUUUUGUUUGGCCACAAAUCAGACAGUUGACCAUGACAAUCUUACUGAACUGGAGCCAUACGGAUUACUUCGAAUGGAUAACGGAGCAAUAUCAUUCAUAAAUGAAAUGUUUGAAGAAUUUUUCGCAGCUCAAUAUAUAGUACGUCAUCAGGCCAAACAAUGCUACUUCAAUGAGUACAUGGUGGGACAUUUCUGUAAAGCAGAAAUCAAUCGACUUGAUUCCUUCUUGGAAUACCACAUAAGUAAAACGGAUUGUCGUCAAGAACUGUUUGGAGCAAUCGCUUCUUCCCGAAACAUGAAUCUCAAAGAACUUCGCAGUUUGCGACAGUACAAACUUCACUCUGACAAGAUCAAACAGUGGCACAUAUUUUUUGUGGAAUGUUGUACUCUCGAACAACAGCUGGAAUACCUUCGAAGAUGCUUGGCCAAAGCAGAGUUUUCCACAUUCCAAGUAAUCUACGAAAGCCUCCCUGACAGUCUAGUCCAUGAAAUAUGCUUCAAAGUUGGUUCCACCGAAGAUAACCCGUUUGUGGUAAAUCUAGAAAAUGCAAGCGAAUGCGAUUUUGUGCAGCUUUUGAAGAUCUUCCACCAUGAACACCCGAACGAAGUUGUGAGGAAGAUUAUAACAAACUUCGACUGCAAUGAAGACGACUUUAUAACCACGGCAAUCAAGCGAGAUUACCGAUCAGUAAUCGAACAGCUCUUCUGCAUUGAGAACAAUUUGUAUGAAGAAAAUGAGAGUGAUCUUUUGCAAGUAUACCUGGCGGGAAGGUGGCGCCAAUAUUUGAAACUAGCGGCUGAAUAUCGAAGAGCUACUCUAUUGGAGCACUUGCUAGGUUUGAUAGCGAAUCGCUUCCACCCCAGAGUGAUAAAAGAUUUCCUGAUCAGUCGUAAUAUACCCUUCGUGUUGAUGGAAACGUUCAAAGGCGAACAAAUGGAUGAACAGGUAGUUACCCGAGUGCUAAAAUUCAUGGAGCAACAUCUGAGCGAUCAUGAUUUGUAUGCUUUAUUGCAUCGAAUUGAAGGCGAAUUUGCCAAAAAGCUUAAUGAACUGCAAAACCCGAUUAUAAGUGAAUUGUUUCAAUCAUUGUGGAACCGGCGCGCUUGAUUGAUCGUAGUGUAAGAUAACCAACAGUAUUUAUUUCAAAUAUUUAUUACUAGAAUAAAAACAAGAUGCAGUUUUAUUUACAACAAGUA